AUGUCGGGUUUGGGCGGCGACGAAGACGGAGAUUUGGAUGUACACGCACAGGAACGUGUGGGUGACAUUUCGAUGACAUUUGUGAUGACGAGCCGAGGAUCGGACGGCGAUGUAGAUGGUAGUAAGGACGAUAACGUCAGUAAAACCGACGAUCACGGACCCGUCAUUAAUAAUGACGAGUGA